AUGUCCUCCCCUUCUCCCUCGGUCAGCACCCUCUCCGAUAACGUCGUCGUCGUCCGCUCUGGGAGGCUCCCCGACAAAAGAAUUCUUGUCUUCUAUGUGGCGGAAUAUCGACUAGGAAGGGUCGCAACUGUUGGCGGCGGGAGCAUCAUGAGGCCUGGACACCUGGUCUUCAUACCUCUCCCUGGCGGUCGUUAUGCCUUCUUCUGCUGCGGACCUCGCGAGGUGCGAGGAAGGCCUAUCGGCUCAUGGAACGUUCAAAUCGUUGUCCAAGAGCCCGCGAGGACGUCCGCCAAGUCGACCGACAUGGGAGUCAACAUAAGGUGUCGGCGCGACGAAUCCCUGCGGAACGUCGGCAGGAUAUCGCUGUGCGGCGAUCUGAGACUGUCGCCGAUGGCAGAUUCACCGCCACCCGAAAUCGACCCACAGGUCCAAGGUGACGACCACCUCCGUUUCACGCCUUCGACCGUGGAUGGGACAGUGCGCGUCUGUGUCGCGGCAAAGCAACAGAGACAAAGGGCGGCGAGCUCCAAGUCGCGCAGCCGGUGGAGCGGUACCAUAGGAGGGCUAUGCCCGGGCACGAAGAAGAGACGGCAAACAUCCUACCCUGUACUUGCCGCGCCGAAUGCGCUGGCGAAGACAUCGCUUGCCGCGAAGAUAUCCAAACUGCACCAGAUCGUUCGGUCUUGCGUUGGCACAACACAAGACGAAACGAUGUGGUGCUUCCUCCGCGUCGAGGUCCAAGUCGACAUGGGGUCGUUUCGUCGGACUGGCCCCGCGCCUCGCGCGCCCGUCCGCCGCCCCCCUCUCGCUCCGGUCGUCCGUUUUGGUUUCGACCAUGCGUUGAUGACCGGAUGGUGA